AUAUCAGAGAGCCCAAUGGAGUCUUUCGAAGGACCCAGUCAGGUUAGCAAGGCUAACUUAUUAGAAGUCCCUACUGUAAACGAUUACUUUUCUGAAGAUGAAGAUGUUAAACCUGACAUUAAACACCGUUUCUCUCCACUUCCCCGAAGGCGGAAUUCUGCUUCUUCAGAGGAAGAGGAGGCAGAUGCCCCUACCACCAUUGCAAGAAAGGUUUCAUUUGCUGAUGCAUUUGGGUUUGAUCUUGUGUCUGUUAAAGAGUUUGAUACCUGGGAAAUUCCAAAUAUAGCACAAAACAAUGACUUAGAAGAUGAAGCUUUCCCUCAAGAGGAAUUUUUUUUAACUCAGCUAUUUACAUUACCUACUUCCCAAGAAGAAGUUUUGCAAAAAGUGCGAGAACAUAAAGUACUGUUGGAGUCAAUUGUGUUCCUGCCUGGGAUUACCUGUAUGAACGGCAUUAUACGAGUCCUCAAUGUAUCUUUUGAAAAAUUCGUGUAUGUUCGAAUGACACUGGAUGACUGGGUCAGUUAUUAUGAUAUCCUAGCAGAGUUCAUGCCUAAUUCUUGUGGCAGUGAAACUGACCAGUUCUGCUUUAAGAUUUCUUUGGUGCCUCCUUAUCAGAGAGAUGGAGCCAAAGUGGAAUUCUGUAUACGAUAUGAAACAUCAAUUGGUACCUUCUGGGCAAACAACGACGACAAAAACUACACGCUGAUUUGUCACAAGAAAGAUACUGUGCCCAAGUUGGAUAAUAAACCACACAGAGAAAGUGCUGAUAGACAUCUUAAAGGCUGCUUAAAGACGGCACCAAGCAGCAAAGAAGAAAUAUUGGCAACAUCUGAUGGUGACAUAUGGAAUAAUUCAAGGACUUCAGAUGCAAACAUCCCAGAGAUUGUUUGUUCACAAGCAGAAGACAAAGAGAGUGCACCAGCUAAUGAAAAUAUAAAAGAUAAAAAUGCAGAAUACAACCAGGGUGAUCAUGAAGAUGAUGAAAAAGAAUUAGAGUUGCUGCUAAAUCAGCACUUCACAGGAGCUAAAGGUACCUCUUCCAGAGAUGAAAGGAAUUUAGACACAACAGAACCAGUUAAUUUUCCAAGUGAAACUGUAAGACUGGAGAAAAAUCUAACUUGUGUAGAAAGAAGCAGUGACUUGCUGAGGCACCCAGUGCCUAUCAGUUCCUUAUCUGAAAACACUUCACAAGUGAUAGGAGAAGAAUUAAAAGGUAAUGCUAAGUAUUCCAUAGGAGGUUAUAAUAGUCACCCAUCAGAAAAGGAAGUCUCUGCUGGCUCAGCAAACAGCAGCAAACAGUCUUGGGAUUCUACUGGUAUCAGUGAAACCCUUUCAUCGGCAAAAUACUUUCCUGGAACAAAGCAGAAUGAGGCUAUCAAUAUUGUGGCUCCUGUCUCAAGCCGACAAGGAGAGAGCCACACAGAUAUUACAAGAGGUGAAGCAGAUAGUGCCUCAGGAAGUAAGAUGAUGGAGAGGUUAUUCAUCAGUGAGGAUGAUAUCUCGAAAGAGGCCUGUGAAAUGAGACCAGCAGCCAUUUCUUCAGUGCGUGAUGAAUCCUUGCAAUUAAAAGCAUGCAUAACAGGAACGCUGGAUGGCAAUGCUAAUCCAGCUCCAGAGCACCAAGUGCCGAAAAUAUCUCACCAAACUCUGGAUUCAUUGUCAUCAGCUGCUGACAAAAACGAAGGAAAAAUUGAGAUGAUUGAAAGCAAAGUUCAGGCACAUUUAAAAGGAGAUUUACAUACUGACACUUCUGCAUACACUGAUGUCUCAAUAGAUUCCACAAAAAGCCAAUAUACACACAAAAAAGGAGUUUGUGAAUUGUCAGAAAAGAAUUAUAACACUGAUACAGAGAAGGAGAAAAGAGUCAUUGAAAUAGCAGAUUUAGCACUAAUUGGAGAGGAAGAAGCACCCAAGCCUUUCAAGUCUCACAGAAAACAUGCUUUCAGCGCAUCGUUCCUGCCAGAUGAAGACAACAAGUACAGAGCCAGGCCUGCACAAGCAGGACCUGGGGCUUACUUGCCAGAGAAUGAAAGCAGAGCUGAAGAUGCUCAGGAACACAGAGGAUUCACAAGGUUAAAAGACAGAGGAAAGACAGAGAAUGGAAAUAAAGGAGGACUGACAGGGACAGAAAGUGAAGAAAACGCCACUGGACUGGCAUGGAAGCGAGCAGAUAGUGGGGUGCGGUGGGCAGCAGGGGGUGAUGCAGGGGCUCAGAGCUCAUGUACUAAAGAGUUAUUUACCUGCCAAGAGGCAGAGAGCUGUGAAAAGUCUCCUGUCUCUGAGCACGGCAUUAAAGGGAAAGCAGAGGCAGGUACAGCUUAUAUAAUUAAAACAACAUCAGAAAGUGCUCCAGAAAAAAUGUCUGCCAGUGAAAAAGCAGUAAUUGCUAAGCUACCUCAAGAGAUUGCACUAAGUGACAGGCCCACAGAGGAAAAGGAAACAGCGUUUGAUACACAUGAAGGGAGAAAUGAUGGUUCACAUUAUGCUCUUUGUCAACUCAACACAGUGGGUGUAUUAUAUGACACCGAAUUUGAAAAGGAAUCAGUUUUAGAUAUUUAUAAUGCACGUGUACAUGAAACACUGCAAGGAGAAACGAUGUCUGUAUGCAGUAGCAGGGAAAAACGUGCCAAAGCAAAACCAGACAUUGGAGAUAUUCUGCCUGCAGAAGGAGCUGUGAAGGCUUCUUCUGCAGAAAAGAAAGAAGGCUUGGGGCAGGGCUUACAUUCAGAAGAAGUAUCUAAAUAUUCCCAGAGUGCCCAGAAGCAUCGCUACAGUGAAGAAUUGGCAGAGCUCUAUAGCGAAGAGAGCUACCUUGGAACACCUUCCUAUUUGCCCGUCAAAGCUCAAACAAAAACACCAACUUCUGGUACAAACACUAUGCCCAGUUACCACUAUAAAAGCCCUCCACUGUCAUCUUCCACAGCGGACAUGGACCAUCCAUAUAUUCACUCUGAAUUCAAAGUCAUUGAAAAGGUUGUUGCCGAGUCAGGAUAUGAUUUCAGUCUGCCAAAUGAAAUGAAACAUAUUAAUAAAUGCCUCUUUCCUGAAGCUGAAAGAAAAGAAGUACCUUCCACUUCAGACACAACCGUUGCUAGAGAAGGAAGAGGAAGCAAUAUAGGUCAAUGUUUCCAUCAAGCAGAGUUCAAGCAAGAGAAGUCAUUGAGGCCAGAAAUUUCAAUUAGUAAGGCUACCAAAGAAGUUGGUGGGAGAGGCUCUGAUUCUCACCAUUUAAUAACUGAGGGGAAAACACUAAAUUGGCUUGAUGACUCGCAGGAUGAAAAACAGAACAUUUCUCAUUCUGCAGAUAUGUCUGACCAGAAUACUGAAGAACAGAUGCUGUCUAGUGAGACUCCAGGUUUAAAAGAGAUUGGUUGCAAAAUCUUUUGUUUCUUCUUCUUUCUUGUGUUUGCUGCAACACUUUACCACUAUGAUUUGAUGGUUUGUCUUGCACUCUACCUGUUCUCCUUGUACUGGCUCUACUGGGAAGGAAGAAGAAGCAAAGAGUCUGUCAAGAAGGAAUAA